AUGAGUAGAUUCUCUAUUUUAUCGAAUGAUAUGGACAAGGUGCAUUCUGUCUAAGGGACAAGUCUUUGGUUAGGAAGUUUGAAGGCUGCCAAGAAUUCUUGUCUUUUACGAUAAAAUAACAUCAAGACUGUGAUCACAGUAGCCAAUAAUAUCACUCUUAAAAUAGAGAAUUUCAAGCAUCAUAUUUUUAGUAUUGAAGAUAGUACUUCAUUUCGCAUAAUUGAUUAUUUCUAACAAAUUAAUGAAGUUAUAGACGAGGGAUUAAGAAAUGGUUCAGUUUUGGUACAUUGCAUGGCAGGGAUUUCCAGAUCGAGUGCAUGUGUGAUAGCCUAUUUGAUGUAGUCUCAAGGAUGGCCAUACGAAAAAACAUAUUACUACGUAAAAGAAAAACGAUUAACAAUUAAUCCCAAUCCAGGGUUCAAGAAAUAGUUGAUUCAAUAUAGCAAAAAAUUGGAGAAACUUCAAAAUACUAAGAGUUCAAACGAGUCAACUCAAUCGAGUAGAUAAUUGCCUUCUCCUAGAAACAUACAUUAGUCCCCAUAGGAUUUUAUUAUGCAAUUAAUCAAAAAUAACAUUAAGUCACCAAGCAGAAAGAUAGAAUAAUUAGAUUAAUCUUCAACAGUGGAGGACAAAGAGAUAUACAGAUUGUAAUUGGCAUAAAAGUUGUUUGCUCAGAGUCUUCAGAACAAUUGUUAAAAGACAGUUCAAAAUAUGUCUGACCACUUUAAAUAUAAUACUCCUCCUAUCAAAAUGAAUAUCUCUAACACCAUUGAUUACUUUUCAUAAACUGAUAGACUUUUUUGA